UUUUAAGAUGUGUGAUCAACUCACCCAAAUGUCUCCUUAGUAACUUAAUUUCUCUAUUUGAUUCAUUGUGUUUGGUUUAUACUGUAAUGUUAAAGAAAAAAAAUAUAAAAGUUCCAUUGAUUUGUCACAGCAUGAGUGGAGACCAGAAAAACAAAAACAAGAACACUUUUUUGAAAUCCAACCUUACUUUUUUCAUCCUGCAGAACAAAUGAAGCCACCAAGAGCCUGCGAGGAUUACUGGAGUGAGUUCAGGCACUGCAAAAGUUUUAUGAAUCGUUUCCACCAGUAUUAUGCGUACGGCAGCGUCCCAUCAUGCCAUCAGUGGAAAGAGGACUACAAUAACUGCAGAGAGUGGAAAAAAUCUAGAAGCACAGAGACUCAGGAAGCAUUACAGAGAAGUGAAAGGAAGCGAGUGGCCGAGCAAAAAAAUUUUGACCCAGUGUGGGAACUGAGGUGUGAGCCUCCCAAAGACUGGCAUUUGCCUCUGAACCAGGACAAUACGCAAGACUCCUGAAAAAACUUUGUAUUCAUAGAAAUGAUGGGGAAGAAGGUUUGAUUUUAAUAUCAGUGGAUUGAAAAUACUGAAUUAAAAAAAAGAAAAUAUAUGCUGUGCUUUGUUUUUUUUUCCACAUAAAGUUUGUUUAGUAGCCAUAAAAAAAAAA